AUGAAGAUGACAAGAGUUCAGUCCUGCUGGAGUAGGGCCUUGGUCUGUGUUGUGGCCUUCCUCUUCAGCUGUGUGAUAUUCAAGAGGUACCACUACCUGGUCGUCCCACUGGACUCCAAAUCAUCACCUUUCCACCAGACACACACACAUCCUCUGUUGUCCAACAUAUUUAACAGUGGCACUCCCUCACCACCAGUGCCCCCCCCCCCAUGCUCUGGCAAUGACAGCACAGAGGUCAUUCCAUCACACCUGCCCCAGUCAUACCAGGAAUUCUUACGCUACAGACAUUGCCGGACAUUCCCAAUCCUAUUGACCCCUUCACCUUGUGAGGAUGACCUCUAUCUACUGUUGGCCGUGAAGUCCACAGCUAUGCAUGUCGACCGCCGUGCUGCAGUGCGGAACACCUGGGGUAACGCAGGUAAAAUCCAGGGUCGACGAGUUAAGCUGGUCUUCCUGAUGGGCCGCUCAUAUGACCUGGUGCAGGGUCACGACCUUCAGCCACUGCUGCAGAGGGAGAGCAAUCGCUAUGGGGACAUCUUGCAGUGGGACUUUGUGGACAAAUUCUUGAACCUGACCAGGAAGGAGGUAGGAUUCCUCAGUUGGUUCUCGCGUAUGUGCAACAGCACGCAAUUUGUGUUAAAGGGCGACGAUGACGUGUUUGUGAACACAGAGAAUCUGGUUGAGUUCCUGACAGACCACAAACCUGUGAAUCACCUGUUUGUAGGAUACAUCCAUGACCCUGAGUUGCCCAUCAGAGACAGAAACUCAAAGUACUUUGUCCCUGUUGAGAUGUACCCAGCCGGUAAGCUCUAUCCACCCUUUCCGAGUGGCGGUGGAUAUCUGAUGUCACAGCAGACUAUGUUGAGACUGGAUGUGGCGGCCCAGAAGGUGAAGCUGUUCCCACUCGAUGAUGUCUUUUUGGGAUUGUGCUUGCAGAAAAUGGGUGUGAGCCUCACACACCAUAGAGGUUUUCUGACAUUUGGCAUCAGAAAUGACCUAAAGCAUCCCUGUGUAUAUCGUGAAAUCAUGCUGGUGCACCAGAUGAACCCAGUAGAGAUGCAGCUCAUGUGGUUGUUGAUGCACCAUGUCAGUUGUUGACAGUCCACCAUGUGGAAGUUGAGGGGAAACACUUUGAGCCUGUGGAAUGACAAAAAAACUAAACUAAAACUAUAAAGUCUCAAAAAUGUCUUUAAACAGCCUAGGGGGGACAAAGUCUGAUGGAUAGGCAGGGAAUUUAAUUUGGCCAAUGAUAUCCUUUAGAAGAGAAAGUGUGACACAUAUAAAUUAGCUAAAGACAG